AGUGUACGGUGUACCACACAGGACACUCCCCUACAGAACAGAGAUCGAAAGGGCAGAGGCCGGCGAGCGUUGAGGUCUUUGCUUCCGCGGCCAAGUCAAAAAAGCCCGAGUGAACGACGAAAGGGAGAGACAGGAAAAUGGCGGCGGCUGCUCUCCGUCCGGCGAUCCUCCGCCACAUCCGCCUCUCGGCCACCACGGUGACGCCUCUCGCCGCGGCGGCGGCAGCGGCCCAGCCCCACGCUCUUGCGCGGUGGCUCGGGCGGCCAAUGUCCUCCCACGCCGACCACCUCACCCACGACGAGGUCGUGGGCCGCGUCCUCGACGUCCUCAAGAGCCACCCCAAGGUCGACCCCUCCAAGGUGACCCCCGAGGCGCACUUCGAGAAGGAUCUGGGUCUCGACAGCCUGGACACGGUGGAGGUGGUGAUGGCGAUCGAGGAAGAGUUCAAGCUCGAGAUCCCCGAUAUGGAGGCUGACAAGAUCGACUCGCUCCCGCUCGCUAUUGAGUAUGUUGCCAACCACCCCAUGGCCGGCUGAGUUUCCGUCCAUCUGCUCCGCCUACGGCGCCGGGGUGAGGCUUUUCUUGAUUCUGUUUUGGACGAUGAUGAAUAAUUGACUGGAGUUAUCAGGAAAACUGGUCCCUGGUGCUCUGUGCUGUGUGGUGGUCAAUAUUGAUCUUCGAUGAAAUGUUAACAUUUUGUUGUUGUGGAACUGCAAUCUUAGAUUAUUGCUCUUGUUUUUGUUCUAUAAAGUAUGUAAUGCUGCUGCUGAACUAGUUUUGUUGGUCACACGCCUAUAUUUUGUUACAAUGAAUCUGUUUGCACA